CACGUGUCACCCCCACGCCGGAAGCGCGGCGGCAAGAUGGCGGCGCUCUUGGCGCGGCUGUGCCGGGGAGCUCCCGGCCUCCGUGCCGCCCGCCUGCCUCUCGCCGCCGCCGCUGCUGCUCCGCCUCUGCGCCGCCCCUUCGCGCCGCCGGGACCGCAGCGCACGCUCAGCUUUUCGGCGUCCGAGCUGGUGCGAGCCGCGCCGGUGCCGCUGCAGCCAUACCUGCGCCUCAUGCGGCUGCACCAGCCCGCCGGGACGUGGCUGCUGUACCUGCCGUGCACAUGGAGCAUCGGCUUGGCGGCAGAGCCGGGCUGCCUCCCCGACUGGCACAUGCUGUCCCUGUUCGGCCUCGGGGCGGUGCUCAUGCGCGGAGCCGGCUGCACGAUCAACGACAUGUGGGAUCGCGACUAUGACAGAAAGGUGGCGAGGACGGCAAGCAGGCCCCUGGCAGCUGGAGAUAUCUCCACUUUCCAGUCCUUUGUUUUUCUUGGCGGACAACUAAGCUUGGCGCUUUGUGUGCUUCUGUGUCUGAAUUACUAUAGUAUCGCUCUGGGAGCAGCCUCUUUAUCUCUUGUGGUCACCUACCCUCUGAUGAAGAGAAUAACAUAUUGGCCACAGUUAGUUUUGGGACUUACAUUUAACUGGGGAGCCCUUCUUGGCUGGUCUGCCAUCAGAGGGUCAUGUGAAUGGUCUGUGUGUUUGCCCUUGUACUUAGCUGGAGUAAUGUGGACUCUGGUAUACGAUACCAUUUAUGCACACCAGGAUAAGAGAGAUGACAUCGUGAUCGGUGUGAAGUCAACAGCAUUACAGUUCAAGGAAGAUACGAAGCACUGGCUCAGUGGCUUCAGCCUUGCAAUGCUCUUGAGUUUAUGCAUGGCAGGAAUGAACUGUAACCAGACAUUCCCAUAUUACUCGGCUGUGGCUGCUGUAGGGGCUCACCUAGCACAUCAGAUUUACACUUUGGACAUAGACAAACCUGAAGACUGUUGGAAGAAAUUUGCUUCAAAUCGUACUGUUGGAGUUCUGCUCUUCAUAGGCAUUGUGCUUGGAAAUCUGUGGAAACAAAAAGACUUAAAAAAUGGAAAAGAAAACAGGUAGUUGAAAUUACUAUAAAUAGUUCAGCUGAAAUGAAAGUACUGUAAGAAAUAACUUAUAACUGUAGCUACUUUAUACUGUUUAUUUAUAAAAGCUGGUGAAAACAUUCUUGUUUCUAAAAACAUGCAAAUGAGGUUAUCCUACAGUGUAAGUUUUAAUCAUACUUAAAUGACUUCAACCUCCAUAGAAGCUUCAACAAGUGAAGCUGCUCUGCUGGUCCUGUGCAGUACAGGCAAACUUCUGUCAAGCUCUCAAGACUGCGAGCCCAGGAUUUUACAUGAAACAAAUAUCUCUUAGUGACAGCACGUGGCAAAAAGCAGAUGUAAAUAAAAUCUGUCUGUACGUGUUUGGUGUUCUG